AUGCGCGUAAUAAAUUCUAUACGAAACGAAAGACGCAUCGAAGUGAAACAAGUCAAGGAGGAAGGAAGUGCGAACAAAAUUGUUGAAGCAAGAGUGGUUCUCAUCAUUUCAGCAUUUUGA